GUGGAUUAGUAAUUUGUCCACAAUAAUCGUGACACUGAGUUUACCUUGUUUUUCCGUCGUUGACCCGGUUAUGAAUAUUCCCCCGGCACUUCGGUUAUUUCGAUUGAAGCGGUAAAACACGAUCGGGAAAUGAUUAACGAUGUGGGAUAAAUUGUCCAGUCUGACUAUUGGAUUUCACUUACAGUGACGGUUUUGAAUAGUGAUAAUUGUGAAAAAGUGUCGAUUGGUGAAGCACCGCUAAAAUCACGGAAUUAAUAUCCGAAAAGAGGAGUAGACUGGAUUGCGCGAGUAGUUCAUAAGUGUCGAAGUGUUGAUUCUAUCGUCUGAUUGUAAAAUGAGCCGUCCCCAGGGCGGCUUGGAGGUGGAGAGAUACAUUGGCAGUUGCCUGAUAUCAUCAACCCUACGACAAAAUAUCCAAAAAACUCAGAUUAUCAAGAAGCAGGAUAAUCAGCAAUUAUCACUGCGUGGCAAUCCAAACUGUUAUCCCCAGAACUAUUCACCGGGUAAUGAGCAAUGUCAGUACGGCACCUGGACAGGUGCACCACUGAUAUCCAUGACAUCUAGUCCACGAAGGAGUAAUCAGCGUCUAUCUCCAUCGCCCUGUCAACAAAUACAAAAUCAAUCGUCAACGGUUGAUCAAACACAACAGCAACAGCAGUCACAACAGGUUACGGGUCACCUGCAGAAUCGCAGCCCACUGUCACGAUUGGCUAUUCACACUCAGGGUGCACCGCUCAUUCUGGCUGGACGUUUUCACAAUCGUGGGAAAUUACAAAAUUGUGGAAAUCUAACGACCGGUGCUAAUGUCAAUAAUUUCUCAAACACCAAUAAUAACAUUGGUAAUACAGCGAUGUCCAUUGGAAGAUGUGGAGGCCAAAGGGGUCAGAGAACAAUGGAAACACCACGUAAGCCCCAGCAACAGCAGCAGCAGCAUCAUAACCAGCAGUUGCACCAGAAGAACGACUGUCAACCCCCUAAACCCGACAACUCAGGCUCAAACAUAGCCAACAUUGAUUCCCUGAGCAUUGCGAGCGAUGAGAGUUCAAAUAACUCGGAGAACAGUCUACCACGUAUAAUAAAGCCCCGUAAACGAAGGAAGAAGGACAGAAAGCCGACGAAUCCAGUCAGCCAGGAGAUAUCGAAGCAGGAUGAACCAAUACCACCGACAAAUCAAGUUACCGACCAUACGAGUUUGGUAACACUGAAGCAGUAUGUGCCAGUUUGUUACGAGGCACGUUAUGAGCCGGCAUCACACCGGUCACACAGGAGGCCACCAGUUGUGAGGGAAAGUUAUGGCAGAACGCAGACGUCCACAUCGAUUCAAGAGAUUACAGACACGAGGCAGAGGUACGGUCAUAGACACGUGCAGGUGAAAGUACUGGAUGACAACCGUAACGUUGUUUUACCAAGCAAUGUACGUGCACAGGGAAUAACCAAGAUAUACCGCAAUCAUCAUCACAUCAAUAAUCCAGUUAAUCGUUGCAAUAAUAAUAAUCCAACGAGAUACAUUAAUUACGAUACUAGCUGUGAGAAGGGUGUUGUUGAUGAUACGUGCUGUCAGUGUCGUUACUGUGAUCCAUCUGGACUUAUUUGGGAUGUCGAGCAAAAUUGUUACUCACCAUUCUUAACACCACCACCAUCGAGCAGUGAUUUUGGGGUACAAUAUCCACAGAUGCCACUGUAUCUGUCACGUCCAAGUUUAUCUUGCCCGGAGCAGGAUUACUACGACGUUGAUGAUCAAAUUCAUGGUCAUCACUCUCACCACCAGCAUCAUCCCCAUCAUUCACAGAGUCGGCCGAAUCGCAUGGAGCCAACUGGCUGUGCAUUACUCAGACGCAGCUGGAGUGAUCCAACGAGUUAUUUCAGUGAACAAAUAAGUACACCGAGUCGAGAUGUUGGGGUGAUUGGUGAUCGGGGUCAGGCUGAGGUGACGAGGGGCAGAAGCUCCUGGCCAGGUAGUGCAUCGUCCGGUGUAUCACCAAGUACAAAUGUCACUGGACUUGGCUCACUGAGCAAUUCUGUGACACCCACACAGAGUCUCGAGGUAUCGACUGAAAUUGUCACAUCGUUGAAUGGACAUCGUGAUCUUGAGAUUAAAUUCUACUCAUCAUCACCGAGUUCAGCACCCACUGAGGAGGAGAAAUCACCGUUUUUGGAUGACAACGAGGACUUCAGUGACAUUUGGAGUUAUCACGAGUCUAAACUACAGCAGGAUUUUCGUACACUGCUGCAGGCUGAAGAGUGAAAAUAAAUUAAUCACGUUAAUAAUUAACAUUAUCAAACUCUUCAAGUGAAAGAGGUGUAUUAUAAAUGCUUGUGUAUGUGUGGAUGUAAGGGAGAACGAAAGAGUGUAAAGCACGGAGAAAGCGAGAUCGCUGACAAAAUUAGCCGACUAAGCGUGAAACAAGUAGACGAUGGCCGUGGUUGAGUGGCAACGAGAGGGAACAAAGUAGUCUCACUAAAUAAAUAAAAAUACAAACACGGAAUAAAAGAGAUAACUAAAUUAAUAAAAACGAAAAUAAUAAUAAUAUCAAAAUGAAAAAAAAAAAAAAGACCAGAGGACUCGUGGGCGUUAACGCGUAUCAGUGUCAUUGAGGGUAAAAUUGUAACGAACCCCCAGGUACAUUUGUACCGUACGGUGGGGUUUUGUAAACCGCAGUUACAGUGUGCAACAUGUCCCGGAUUUCUCUCUAGCUGCAUCCUCACUCGUAUUCACGUACAAUGUUGACUAGAAAAGGGGGGGUAGACAGAUGAAUAAACCACGAAACAAGACGGGAAAAUACAUAUAUCUUUUCUUUUGUAACGGUGCAGCUAGUGCACGUCAAAGUUUACGUGAUAGGAUUGACGAAUAGCAUCAAGAUGUUCUGGACAUGUUUCACAUUUUCCCCGGGGGUACGAUGAUUAAUAAACAUUGGAGUUGAUGCCGCAGCGUUGAGAUCAGCCGAAUGAAUGAGAAAAAGAGUAUAAAAUCAGAUAGCGACAUUGAAAAGCAAAAAAUCACCUGUCCAGCGUUAUUUUUCUAAUCACCUCUUAUCAUCCUCGAUCAUCACGCAAAUCUCAACGACUGAUGGAUCAACGUUCAACGUUAUUAUUAAAUCGUCGUGAAUAGUUAUGCCAAGCAAUUGAUCGACGGAGACUUCACUUGCACCUCUCGACCAGUGAAAACGAGAUUGUAAACUCCAUCGUUGGCCUUGAGGAGGUGGAGUACACAAGAGAGGUGCAAAGUGACGCUCCUGAUGAGAGAGCUCGGUUGUGCAGGCUAGACAGUCGGUCUCUAUCGGUAAUACCCCACUUCCUCCAUCACUCUUAAACCACAACGAUGGUAGGUGGAGUAGUUGGAGAUUCCCCAUAUCCGUUUUGCGUUUAUCCCGUCGAUUCCCCCAUUCACUUCCGCUCAAGUGCGGCUCGACAGCGUUAAUUGAACCGUAAAUUGCAAUAAAAUUUUUUUUUUUUUUCAUUUCCAUUUCAUCUUGGCUAUCAGCUCAACUCCACAGCUAUCGUAACUACCUCUAUUCGUAAAUCUCUUUCUCGUACAUUCAUAAUCUCUAACGCAGACUCUGGGUUUCUCUUUCCUUUGGCGCCACCGAGUCCUCUUAUUUUUCCAUGAAUAACGCAGUACGGAAAAGGAGACCACCGACAUUGCGAGUAAAUCUCGACGUGGAUGGGGGGAACAAGGGCGUUGUGGAAUGAUGAAAACACUGCGAAUCGAUAUACUCGUCUCGACGUUGAGUCUAAUGCAGAAAAAUAAAAAGAAACGGGAAAUUGAUCGCGAUUGGGACUUUAUCGUCUCCACUUUCUCUCGAAAUGAAUAUCCUCUUAUUCUUUUAUUGUGUUUAAUUCAGGGUCGCGUGAACCCUCGCGUAUGUACCGCAGUGCCGAUGACCUUUAAUCCUAUCUGUUGUUUCUUUCUUUCACCGCUUGAAUAAUGGCACCGGCAUAUUGACGUGGGUCGGUAAACUGUUAUAAUUCGCCCACGUGAUAUCUCGCACUCCGCUGCAUACUAAUGUCAUUUCACAAAAGCAUUGCGUGUCUCGGGAUGUUUCCGUGAGCUUUCCCCCCUCUACCUGUGCCCAUUUAUUUUUCUCCUGUUAUAGUUCAUUUUUUCUUUUCAUAAAUAUUGUGUUGUUUCAUGAAGCAUGUGUGCGCCGUUUGCACUCAACACUUCGUAGCGUGUUUUGUAUUGACAGAAUCAAAUGUAAUACCCACUCAUUUUUCCUGUUUUCCUAUUGAAAAUACUCAUACACCUGUUUACUCACCACAUAAAUUCGUUCUUUCAAUAUUUAUUCAAAUACAAUCGUCGGGAUGGUAAAUUACUUCUGCAUCUUUGCUAUUUUUCUCUUUAUUCUGUUUUUCCAUCGCUUAUUUAUGCGGAAAUUCUGAAUUCAGGGAAAUAUGGUUUAGUGGAUGAAAAUUUUUAUUCAUGACAUGGGAAUAAAAUGACUCAAUCAUCUGUGUACGUUGCCGCACAGAGAAAAAACGUUGAGGAAAAAUUGCUGAGAAAUUUUCUUUGCUUGCUACAAAAAAUUGACUGAAAUUGUGAAAUUUAGGCGGAAUUUUGCCGAACGUUACGACAGUGAACACAAAUAAUUAGUCAAUGUUCAGGAGAAAUUUUCACUUUGGUCCGUUCCCAUUUCGUUUUUAUCGGUGCCGAAAAAAAAAGGAUUAAAAAAUACUGAAGAGAUGCAGGAAAUUUUGCUAUACGAAAUGAAUGAAUAAUGUUGUAAAUUGGGACACUUUUUUCCUUUUGUACAUGAAAUUUAUCCAAAAGAUCUUGCAGAAGGGACAAAAGCAUCUUAAUUCACGUUGUUAUGCCUUAAUUUAAGACAUUAAAUAACGUAAAAUUUCCGUUUUGAUCCAUAAAAUUUGCAGAACUCAAGCGAAAAUGUUUUUGUCACUCCAGAUUUUUUCCCUUCUUUACGUAAAAAUUCCCAAGAGCGCAUUUUGUAUCACUUUUACAGUUUCUGACGUAAUUUUUCCGGGAGUUUUUCCUCCGUGCGGACGAACCACAAGAUAUCCUCAUCAAUUCUUCAUUGAACUGAAUUUCCCUCCACGAUUGCCUUUCAGACAAUUUUUCCUCAACCUUCCUCCUCGUCAAAACAUGAAAAAUGAAUUAUAAUUGAUGCUAAUGACACUCUUUGUCUCCUCGUGUUUAACACGAUAAGUCAUUGGACACGAUAACAGUCUUUAUAAAAUGAAACUCAAACGGAGAUAUUUGUCGAUAAUACCCAGUCCAUUGAGUUCGCGUGUCUCCUGCGUAUAUCCAUUAGCCUUGAGGCUACUACGUAUCUCUGACUCGCGAUCGAUUGAUAUAAUCUAUCGUGAUUGCUGAACGAUAAAGUCGUAGUGACGCUCACUCCUCGCACUUCAACUGGACUAUCACCUAAUUACAUCCACGGUGGUCUCAUCCUCACGAACUCCUUUUUUUCUCAUUUCCUUCCGUUCUCAUUCUCAUCUCUAUCUACUUUUCUCUCAAUAACACUACAGCCGCGUACCUGGCAUUUCGAUUAAUCGCCAAUACUUCGUACAGUGAAGACAAUCUCGCGUCCCCGAGGUGAAAUCGAUUCGCAGUGCGUCCGAAGGGACCUCACACAACACGAGAAUAAUUUACCCCCCUCCCUCCCCCCUUCAAUUUUUUCUUCUUUAUUGCAUCCGUCGAGACUGCCUGCACUGUUUACUGAUAAAUUUAACGCGUACGCGAGUCCCUGGAGUCAUUUAUACACAUGUCCAAGAGGUGAAAAAAAGCGAUGUGAGGAGUUACGACGAAACAAAAAAUGUUAGGCUGUAUGUUUGUAUAUUAAACUUGACUGUGUUAAACCGAAGAUAAUGAUAAUGACGUUAGCUCGACCCAUUCGCUGUGCGAUCUCGUCGCUUCGUCGAUUAGCCCCCCCCCCAUCCCCCCUCUUUCCCAUCGUAAAGUGAAAAUAAACAUAAUAAAGCGAAGGAAAUUCCUCAUGUUUGAUUUGAGAAUGACAUAAUACGCGUGUUUUUUAGAGUGAUUUGUCAAUGAGUUUGACAAACGCCGUAAGUUUCAUUAGCGACUCAUCUGUGGUGGUAAAUAGUUGAAAAGGAUACGUAUGAAGAAAACAUGCUUUGUUCGCUGUUUAAUGGAUAUUUGCACUUAUGAAGAAAAGUAAAUAAUUGAGAAAAAGGAUGAUGUUUAAAUUGAAAAAAAUUUCUUUUCCUCUUUCUCGUUAUUUGAUUUCAUACGAAUACCUUUAACGCUGUUUCUCUCAUUCUGUUACGUCACACUGACGCUCUCCGUCAUACAGCACUCCUCCCCACCGUCAUUUCGAUUGAAACAAAAACGAGAAUAAUACGGGGAGAUGGAGGAAAAAAUAUAAACACAGACAAAAGAAAGAACAGGAGAGAAAUAACAUCUCUUUCUUUGUGGCAAUCGGGCGGUCGUUAAGGAAUAAUUUUGCGAGUGAAUGGAGUGGAGAAAAAAGGGAAACACGAGAGGAGAAACAAAAAAUAAUGAGAGAGAGAGAGAGAGAGAGAGAGAGA